UCCCUCUUCUCCAGCUCCCACUAGCGCGGGUUCCGCUCCGCCCCCGGGGCCCCGCCCCCGACGCCCGGCGUUCCGCCCCGCCCCCGCCCGGCUCCCUGCCCCGCCCCGCCCGCAGUCCCCCGCUUGCCUUCCAGCGCAGCUUGCGCUCCGGAGCGCUGGCUCUGCUGGCGCUAAGAAAUGGACCAAUUUUGACAAGAUAUAGUACUGCAGUGUGCCUGAUGGGAUAUAUUCAGUCAUGGCGUCCGAACUUUGUAAGACGAUCUCUGUGGCAAGGCUGGAAAAGCACAAGAAUUUGUUCUUAAAUUAUAGGAAUCUGCACCAUUUUCCAUUGGAGUUACUGAAAGAUGAGGGACUGCAGUACUUGGAGAGACUCUAUAUGAAAAGGAACUCCCUGACAACCUUGCCAGAAAACCUUGCUCAGAAGCUUCCAAACCUUGUGGAACUAUACCUGCACUCAAAUAACAUAGUUGUGGUUCCGGAAGCCAUUGGGUCUCUUGUAAAACUCCAAUGUCUGGAUCUUAGUGACAAUGCCUUAGAAAUUGUUUGCCCAGAAAUUGGUCGUCUGAGAGCUUUACGUCAUCUUCGAUUAGCUAAUAACCAACUGCAAUUCCUACCUCCAGAGGUUGGCGAUUUGAAGGAGCUGCAGACACUAGACAUUUCUACCAAUCGUUUGCUAACUUUACCCGAGAGGCUUCACAUGUGCCUUUCUCUGCAGUACCUCACUGUGGACCGAAAUCGUCUAUGGUAUGUGCCGCGCCAUCUCUGCCAGCUGCCCAGCCUCAAUGAGCUCUCCAUGGCUGGAAACCGUCUUGCAUUUUUGCCACUUGAUUUAGGUCGAUCUCGAGAACUACAGUAUGUAUACGUGGAUAACAACAUUCACCUGAAAGGCUUGCCAUCUUAUCUGUACAAUAAAGUCAUCGGGUGCAGUGGCUGUGGUGCUCCCAUUCAAGUUUCCGAGGUGAAGCUGCUUUCCUUUUCAUCAGGGCAGCGAACCGUUUUCCUCCCAGCCGAGGUGAAGGCCAUAGGGACGGAGCAUGAUCACGUCCUCCCUCUGCAGGAAUUGGCCAUGAGAAGUCUGUAUCAUACCUACCACAGCUUGCUGAAAGAUUUGAACUUUCUGUCUCCAAUCUCAUUACCCAGAAGUCUCCUGGAGCUGCUGCAUUGCCCUCUGGGGCACUGUCAUCGGUGUAGUGAGCCUAUGUUUACCAUCGUCUACCCCAAGCUCUUUCCCUUGAGAGAGACGCCAAUGGCAGGGCUGCACCAGUGCCCCCUGCUGGUGCCUUCUGCUGGUGCCUCCCACUGGCCUAACCAGAAGCUGGAGUUGAGGCAGCUUUGCUGGUAAAGUCUACAGAGGUCCCCUUCCUGGGCCACAGAGAAAGGCGGACUGUGUUGGGGGUGAGGAAAUAGAAGACAAUUAGCACAGGGGGUCUUGUGGAAACAACAAGAGACUGUUCUCCCCCUACCAGAGGAUAGCACUUCUGGCAGGAAAACAAGGCAUCUAGCAGCUGAAACUGUCCAGAGUGAGUCGGAGGCCCCCUGGAGUUUGUGACUCACUGCACAAAGGUGCCCAAACCUCUGAUAUGUGGGAAGACCUUUGAACUGUAUUAUUCAGAUUCUGAAAUGACCUCUAUGAGCAAUCUAUGUGUAUACAUAUAUUUGUAGGAUAAAUUCCUUAAAAUUAUGUUGUUUAAGCUCUGGUAUAUAUGUGUUCUGGCUAAAUUGGUGACAUUUUCUGUUACAUGAUUUUUAUAAUGGACUUCAAAUUCUAUGAUUGCACUGUUGGUUCUAGUAAGCAGAAUUCAAAACGUAAAGUGGAAAAGAUUUUUUUUUUCUUAGUUUCUGCUUUAGGGAUAGUAUAUCCUCUGAACACUGCUAUUAAAAUGAACAUUCACAUGUAUAUACUUCACCUGAUUCCAGUGCUCAGUUUUAAAAGGAAAUUUAAAUUUCUAUUAUGCAGUUUGUCGACCAUGGCUAAUCCUCCAUUUUAACAAAGAAAAAAAAAGAGACAGUUUUCAACAGAAAGAAUCAGAGACUUUAAUCUUGAACUCACAGUGUUCUUCUCUCCUUUUCCCCUUCCAGGAGGACAACUGUUAGUUUUGUGGCUUACUGCUGCUCCACCCAGUGUCUGCAGACUUUUGACCUGCUGAGUUGAUAAACACUCAAGAGCCUCAGGAGCGCUGCCAGCUUGACACUGGGGAAUCCAGCCAGUCCAGCACACUCUUCCAUUCUGUCCUGUCCAAUGCGGGGGCACUGCAGAACUCUCUGGAAAUGUCGUGAUUGAGCUUCAGAGCUAAAAUGCCUUCACCCUUCCCCCAAGUUGGAAUAUAUCCCCCAAAUUAAGGACCCGUUUGUCUUCUGUGUUUUUCCUUUUUAUGUGAGUGUGUCUUUUACACAAACCAUUUAGAUUGAUGGGCCUCCCCAAAUCUAAUUUAAAGCAAGUUUCAGGUGCCUGGAAAACAGUGAUUUGAUAAUCUAGCCAGAUUCCCUUUUGAACACGCAUACCUUCAAUGAUGCUUCCUCUCCUCUCCCUUGUUUUCCCCAGAGAGUUAUUUCCCUGAGAGCAUAUUCUCCACAGUGUCUCCAAUGGAAACUUGUUAGUUUUUGAGGAGUUUCAGAAAACCCCAUGGCCUCAAUGGUCUUGAGUAGCAGGGUGGGGUGCCUGAGUUGGCGGCAAAGUGAGGCUCCCAUGGAGGCUCAGUGAGGAUCCCAGAGCACACACCCUCUGGAAGUUCCAGCCUUGUUUAUAAGUUUUACAAUGUAGCAACAGACUUUUGUGAGGGAUUUUAAAAACAAAAAUGUAGAUUGUAAUAAAAUACACUUCUUAUUUUUUAAAAAUGUUUGCAGAAAAAUGAUUUUGAAAUUUUUUAUUUUUCUGAUAAGUUUUUUUUAUAUGAGAAGAAUUUGAGGAAUAUUUGAAGCUUUACAGGAUCUGAUUUUUUUUUUCUUUCUCAAUAUAAACAGUUUCCAUACAAUGAGAAAGGGGGGAGAAAACACACAUUGAAAUAAGACCUCAGUGUUCUUUUUUGAUGGGUUUAUGAUUAAGUUUAUACUGACUUUGAAAUAUUUUUGUCACACGUGAAAGACAGGCUUCAGCUACUUCCACUACUAGUUUUUAACAGAAUGAUUCUAAGUACAAGCUGUGCACAUUUACUUGGUCACCUGAUGCAUGACAUUGUCUUCAUUUUGACCCUCGUUUCUUGUAUACUUAGCAUACUGUCCAGAUGCAACUGAGAAAAUACAGGAAAAGCAGGUCCAAAUUCAGCCUUGGACUUCUGCAAAAGUCCAUAAACAGAAAGUCUGUGAGCCUCCACCCUGCCAGAAAGAACUGCUCUUCAUGAAGGAGUCACGUAUUUGCUCUUCCUUUCAAAGGAUGGCAUUUUAAUGUUGCUUUGCUGCCAGAUGUUCAUCUGGUUGCUGUGAAGUGAUUCUUUUUUUAAAAUGUUUUUUAAUGAUGUAAGUUUUCUAAAAGGGCUGAAUGGAGAACUAAGGAUUUUCUUGGUAGAAAAAUUAUAUUUUUUAAAUUUCAGACUUAUCAAAAAUUUGGUUGAUGGAAUUUUUAUUAGCCGCCCUGACUUUAUAAUGCUACGCUCUAACAGUGCCAAAAAUCCUACAUAGUUACUGACAAAUGUGUGAUCUUUUUACAGUCACACCACCUGCUGCCCGGAAAGCACACCAUCCACGUAGAAUGGAGAAGGCAGAAAGUUACCAUGUGUUCCCACUGUAUCUGCACUGUUCUUCCUCUUGUCCCUUUUCAUAACUUGAUCUAUUCAGCCUUAACAUUUCAAAGGCUUAUAGUAAAAUAGGAACUGAAGAUCUGUAUCAAAAUGUAACACUUUCAUCCUUUGGAAUAACUGAAGUUUUAACAUAACCUCUACAUGCAUAUAAGUUAGCCGGUGAAAAUGUGGCAUGAAACUUCACAAUUGUGCUUCAGGCCUAAGUGACUGCUACCUAUCAUUUAAGUGACAGUAAAUGUCUUGCUACAUUUUUCUAUUUCA